CUGACAGCGAUGCCAUUCCCGUGGCUAUUUGUGCUUUAUAUGCACGGUACUGCUAGCAAAGCAAAGCAUGACGAAACUUGUUAUCAGCUGAAUUUGACGUUUGGUUUGUCUAGAGGAAAACAUAAAAGGUCACGCAACGUAAAUAGUGAAGUGCAAAGAGCAGUAGACGAAGAAACAAGUGAAUUUUGAUCCGCUUUCACACCUCACCAAUAAUUAUAAAUUGAGAUUUGUUUUCUUGUUUAAUUCUCGUUCAAAAAAUCGAUUAGCGUUCAGAAGAAAUUGAUUGCGGAUUGCUUCGACGGUAUUUUGUGAAAGUUCCAGUAUUGCGACGCAGUUUACUGUCGACUGCUAAUCGCAUUAUGGAUGCAUCGAACGACGAAAAGAAGCCAGCGGCCGCUGUGAAGCAUGACCAGCACUUCAUCGCCAUUGUUAACAGUCUGCUGGAUAGUCUGUCGGAGAAGGAUGACACGCUGCGCAACAUGACAGAGGCAUCGCUGAUAAGGAUUGCCAAACAGCGACAUGACGAAAUCGUUGAAGUAUUUUGCGAUUACCGCAAGAAGCAUCCCAAGCUCGGAGAAACACAGGCAGCGAUCAUACUAAGCCACGAGACUGCCAGUAAAUGCGUGGAAUACAGCGUGAACGAAAUAACGCGCUCACCCGACCAGCAGGUACAGGUACAGGCACCUUGUCGAGAAAUCCUGGUUUCUGUGGGAAGACGCUUCUGUAAGGAGGUGAUGGAUGCUCUGACGAAACACGUGGAGCAGCAUCAGGUAGCCCAUUUUAUGAUACCAUACGCGAUGGGAUCGCUAGCAACGGCCAACAUAAUGGACUCUAUUCCACUGAUUAAACCGAUCUUAGGAUACAUUCUUCCGACUCUUUCGUCAAUCAAGCAGGACUACAUCCGGCAAUCGUAUGCCUUCGCAAUUGGACGAUUUUGCGAGGCCUUCUGCGAGUACAAAGAACAUCGCCGUUUGAAUCCGAACGAGGAAGCACCUAUGAAAACGGGUGUCCCUUAUGAUAUAUGCGAUGAAGUGGGUAUAGCGUACGAGCUGUUUCAGUCGCAAUGGCUUUCUUCGCGAGAACCGAAAGUCUCGUACGAAGUGCUGAACGCGCUUUCUUUUAUGUACCCACUUCUGUCGGUAGAAAAAAUAAAUGAAGGCUUACUGAAGGUGGUCCCAAGCACGCUAGCCUUAUAUCGUCGUAGUGUGGAUCGGAGCGUCGUAACGCAAUAUUUGGCAGCAAUUAUUAAAACGGUUCAAGCUCUUAACGCUGAAAUGCUGUCCGAAUCCGAUACUAUCAUAGCCACCUUGUUUGACUUGGUAUGUGUUAAUCCCGAUUAUGAAAAGCCACAAACAGUUAAGGGUCACUAUGAAGUGCUUCGUUGCUUUGAUCUAAUGGCUGGUAAUUACGGCAAAAAGAUAAUUGCCAUCCUUCUGCUGCAUUUGCGUAGCAACAAUGAGCGCGAGAGAAUAAAGUCGCUUCUAGUGUUGACGCAUCUUACAAACACUUCAGAGCCAAUUCUUCACGAAGAGCAAGAAGAAAUCACCACAAUUUUGAAAGGUAUGCUAACUAGUGAGCGGUCGAUUAAGCUGAAAAUGGUACUGCUUAAAACUAUCGUAGCUUUUAUGCAGAGAAAUCUUGUACAUGAAAAGGAAUUUGUUACCUUUCUGAUUCGAGGAAGCUGUCGGUUGAAUAAAUUUAGCACCGAAAAUGGUACUUCCGAGGAGUAUCAAGAGUUUGUGACAGCCUGUAACAACACCAUGUUCAUCCUGUCCACAACAAUCGGAACUAUGGACGAUGUUCUUAAGAUGGAACUAUUACAAAGCUUUCUUAGGUUGGAGUACACCGACAUUUGCAGCACAAUCGGUAAGUGCUUGGCAAAUCUGCUUGCCAAAGAUCCAAUUCCCGAGCGGCGUAAUCCCUUCGACAGAUCUCCGACCGACGAAGAUGUCCGUCCUCCGAGUGCGAUAUCUGUGUUCGUACGAUCGUUGGCCCUACUUGGAAACUAUGACGAAACUGCUCGAGUGCAGAAUAUCUUAUCCUUCCUGAAAAGUUACUCGUCGUAUCUGUACAGACAUCUUACGCCGCUAUGGAACCAAAAGUUGGGUCAAUUGUUGCAAGAUCUACAGGCGGGAAGCUUGGAUCGAAAACGAUAUGAUACUUUGCUGUUUGAGUUUAUUCAGGCCACCAUUAAGGACGUUGAUGAGUUUGUAUUCAUCGAAGGAUUGAUUGCGGAGAUAUUCCAGCAGUUGCCACUGUACCAGCCGAUAACGCCGGGCGCAAUUCAAGUGGAGUUCAAGGUCCCCUCACUAGAUCAGGAGAAACGAAUGCUAGUCAAAGUUUUAGGCAUGUGUUUGUCCCACUCGAUGGACGAACACGUGAUAGAGAAUAAGAUCGAUCUCAUUAUCGGAUUAGCCAAGGCGGAGAAACUGGAGAAAAAUGCCUCUCAUGAGGAUUACGAAAAGUUGCUACAGGAUCACGCACAGUCGCUGGCGUAUGUUUCAGUGGAGCACGUUGAGAAAGUCAUGAAAAAGCUCAUUGCGUUGGUGAUUGACGAUGGAAGUGUGAAAAAGUCCAGCAGCUUCUUUUCAAAUUUGCACUUUAUAAAAGACACUAGUAAGGAGACAGAAAACUUCAAGCUGAAGAUAUUAGUUUUGCAGUCUUUGAACAACAUUGUUGCGAAGGCUCCACGGGAAAAGGUCCUUCGGCUGUUCGACGAGAGUAUUGUGAAUUAUCUUACGGCGCAGUUCGAUAACAAAGAACUGUUUAUCAGAAAGUACAUUCUUACUAUAUUUUUGAAUUUGGCGGAGAUUCUCGUUCAGGACCCGAACGCCUUGCCGGAUGAUCAUAUGAACAACUUCAAAAACAAGAACGAACUCUUGAAGAUCUGUAUGAAUAUUACGUGCGAUUCCCAGAACGAAUAUCUUCCCCUGUUUCCGCUGAUUCUUAAACUGUCAACCCUACUAAUUAAACUAAAUGCCGAGGAUGAAAAUGUAGAUUUUAAUGGACUACUUAACACUGCCUGCUACUACUUCUUUACAACUGCUCAAAAUCUUAAAUCAAAGUUCGAAUCAGUCGAUGAGGACAACCGAAAUAGCUAUUUGGCCAAAUACCUAAACCAAUCACUACCGGAGCUGAAUCAGUUUAUUAGAACCAUUCUGGAGCAACAGAAUGGAUCACCAGCUUGUCUGGAUGACAUAAAUUCGAUCCUGGAGAUUUGGCUGAAGGAUCGCAACAAUGAGGUACGAAUCUGCGCUGGGCACGUGUACAAUAGCACGCUGGAUGUUUAUAUGCGCUCGAUGAAAAUUGGCUGCGAAGCACCGUCCAAAUUUAAUCAAACCGGCAGUCUGCUGGGUAAAAUCAUUCCACGCUGUAUCGAUUCUAACGCCACCGUACGACAGACGGCCAUCGAAGUGCUGAAGAAGAUUCUGGAAAUUGCCUGUAUCUACGAAACGUUAACCAUUGCGGACAACCGCAUUGAUUGGGUCAAAGAGCUGGAUCAGAUACGGGAUGAAAUAAUAACGGACGACGCGAAGGACAUCUAUCGGAUUGCCGGCCAGUUGGCAAACAUAAUCGCCCAGCGGUUGUCCAGCUAUCAGUACGUGCAGUUUAGCAAGUGUUUGCUGUACAGUUUGAACGAUCCGGAGCAAAGCUCCGCUAUUGGCGCUUCCGUGGUGCUGAAGUUUUUCAUACAGGCCAAGGGUUCGGAAAUGUUUCACGCCAUUCCAGAGCUGGUGAAGGAGUGUCUUUACGCCGUUAAAAUAUGUGAAGUAGCCAAGGCUCGAUCUGGCGUGCUGAAGUCUAUGCUGGCACUUACCAAGCAUCACCCAAAGCUGGUUUGUAAUGAAGUCCUGGGUCAGAGUUUGCCAUUCGAAGAAAACGUUAUCGACUACUGGCGAACUAUCACACUAGACGCAGAGCUGACCGGUAUUAUACUGGAAAACUUCAUCGGAACCGUCACCACUUCCUGCCUAUACGAGCAGCAGCAUCAGGACAAGCCGAGGGACGAUUCGCAGAAAGCGGUCACGCUACCCCCGUUCACCAUUAUCUGCGUGCUGAAUGAGAUGUUCAAGUGUAAGGAAAUCAGAGCGGAAAUCAAAGCACGUUUCACCGAAAUAUUCUGCAUGUUGCUGAGCACGGUGGCAACGUACAUAAACUUGUUGCCACCGUGCAACCAUGCGUACUCCCAGGAAGGUGUGAAUGUGACCGUUCCGAAAAGUGCCAAACGAGGCAAAGCGGUUGCGAGUAAAGAUGUUAAGCUUGUACCAUGCCAAGUAGCAUUAGAUACGUUUAAGGUUUUCCUCGACACUCUUGAAAUGCAGCAAAUCUUCAACGUUUUGGACGUGUGUCCUAACCUGGGAUCCAGCACAGAUCUGAAUAGUUUCAUUGAAAUCCUGACGCCGCUAAGCAUUGCCACCGCAGGUCAGGUUGGCAUUAACUCAACCACAAUGAAGCAAAUCGUCACCACGCUCAGUAAGUACGUUAGCAGCCCUUAUGACACCCAAAGAAUAGCGUCAGCCGGUUUCUACUCCCAUCUGGUGCCGCUGAAACCAUGCGGAGAUAUAUCCUCUGUGAUUAUGCUUCAUCUGAAUUCAUCGCUCAACGAUCCGAAUCCGCUCGUUCGAGGUCUCAGUAUAAGAGGAAUGGCAUUUCUGUGUAGUCUAACCGAGCACGAUAUCGACAAAUACGCGGAGAUGUGUUUGACGGCUCUGCUUAAGGGAAUUGACGAUUACAACAAAAAUUGUUUCAUCAACAUUCCACUGGAAAGCAUGCGUGGACUGUCCAAGAUACUGCAAACCCUCCCGCAGGACAAGUUCGAGAUGUUCCAGGUAUCGUUGGCGAUCCGAAUCAAGCCGUUCUUCGAGAACGCGUCGAUAGAGUUGCGUGAGUCCGCUAUACUGCUGUUUGGAGAUCUCUGCCAUCAGAAGGUUCCACCUAAAACGGCAGUCGAGCAGGUUCCGAGAAGCGAAUCGAAUGGAUUGGAGAACGGUUCGGCAACCUCCGAAUCGCUGCUAGAGCAGAUGAAGGCGAACUUGUGCUCGCUGCUGCUGCACUUGUGCGAGGAAAAUAAUCUGAUUGCGAGGGCGUGUAAAAUCACACUGAAAAAUGUGUGCACACUGUUAGCUACGCCCAAGAUGAAUCAAUUGGCGCAAAACCACCUGCUAGAGCACGGACAGUUGCAGUAUAAUAACUUUAUAAAAGACUUUAGUAAGCUGAUUGGAGAAGAACUACCAGAUUCGAUUGGUGACUUUAUUGAUGCUUGCCUUCCAUCGCUGCGCAGCCAGUGGUCGGAGAUUCGAGGGAACGCAGCUGUUUUAAUAGGGCUAUUGUACACGCAGAACCGCUCCGUUCAACACAUGGACCCUGUCGGUCAUAAGAUAUCGCUUCUGCUUAAAGAUGAAGAUGCUACGGUGAAGGUAAAAGCCGCUGAAGCUUUAGGUUACAUUUACGGUGAAUGCUAAGCCACAAUCCGUCGAGGUUUAUUGUAUUUAUUGGUUUAAUCAAAUCGGGUUAAAGUGCUUUUUCAUUGAGCGGUUCCCCAUUCUCGAAGAAUGGAAUCAUCUUUAAAUGCAUAUUCGUGAUAACAGUCAAAUUUUAUUUAGAAGAAACAUUUACCAAAUAGAAA